AUGAAACAACUUUAUAAACUUCUGAAAUCGUUGGAUAAUAUUUACAUUAUUCUACUCUUGUGGUCUUUAACGACCAUUAAUCUCUAUUUUCUCGCGAAACCACUGAACGAUUAUACUAUUUCAGCCUCCUUAACCACCAUACCAACAGUUCUUGACACAAUGACUUAUUACACUGCUGAUGAAGGAUACCAAGUGCUAUCGAACCUGGGUGAAGGUGGACGUAAUGCGUACCGUUUAGUCAAUUAUGUCGAUUUUGUUUUCCCAUUUCUAAUGUUUUUGUCAAUAAGUUCAUCAAAUAUCGCGUUUGGAAAAGGGCGUUACUAUCUAAUUGCUCCAUUGGUCUGCAUGGUUUUUGAUUAUCUGGAAAAUAUUGCGGAGAGAUAUGUUUUGGAAAUUUUCCCGGAACGAAAUGAUUUUGUUAUGAACUUGGCUUGCUACUUUGGACUAGUGAAGAUGUCAGCUGUAAUCGCCUCAGUGAGUCUUUUCACAUUCAAUGUCUUACAAUGGUUUUGGAAACGACGAAAUUACUCAUUGGAAAAGCAACAACGACAGAAAUCUCAAUAG